AUGACACCAGACUGCAUUAUCACUGACAUGUUCUAUCCAUGGACUGUCGAUUCUGCGGCUAAACUUGGGAUCCCAAGGCUAGUAUUUCACACUGCAGGCUACUUCUCACAAUGUGCUGCAAGUAGCAUCAAACAGUAUGCACCUCAUCUGAGUGUAAACUCUAAUGCCGACACAUUUUUACUACCUGAUUUGCCAGACACAAUAGAGAUGACAACGUUGCAACUUCCACGCUGGGUUAGAACCCAAGACGGAUAUGCUCAAUUGAUGGAUAGAAUCAGAGAGUCUGAGAGACAAAGCUAUGGAGCAGUGGUGAAUAGUUUCCAUGAGCUCGAGAAUGCUUAUGAAGAGCAUUAUACAAGUAUAACGGGAAUUAAGGCAUGGAGUGUAGGACCCGUUUCUUUGUGUGUGAACAGAGAUGCAGCAGACAAGGUUGAGAGGGGUAACAAAGUGGCUCCCAAUGAAAAUGAAUGGCUAAAUUGGCUAAAUUCCAAAGAAUGCAGCUCCGUUCUUUAUGUAAGUUUUGGAAGCCUGAACAAGUUCUCAACAGCUCAGCUUAUUGAACUGGCUCAUGGUCUUGAUGCUUCUAGUCACCAAUUCAUCUGGGUAGUUAGGCAGAAGGACAAGGAUCAAGAUGAAGGGUGGCUUGAGGACUUUGAGAAGCAUAUUAAAGAAAGUAAUAGGGGCUUGAUAAUACGGUACUGGGCACCACAACUACUGAUUUUGGAACACCAAGCUAUUGGCGGGUUAGUGACCCAUUGUGGCUGGAAUUCAAUUCUCGAGGGUGUGACUGCUGGUCUGCCAAUGAUCACAUGGCCCCUUUAUGCAGAGCAAUUUUACAACGAAAAAUUUGUGACACAAGUAAUAAAAAUUGGAGUUUCCGUGGGUGUGACAGAAUGGAGACAAUGGGAUGAAGAGGCCAGGGAAGUGGUUAAGAGGGAGGAGAUCGAAAAGGCAGUAAUCUUUUUGAUGGGCAGCGGAGUCCAAGCUGCAGCGAUGAAGAACCAAGCCAGGGAGCUCGGAAAUGCAGCAAGGAGGGCCAUACAAAGUAGUGGAUCAUCUCAGUCCAACUUAAUGAGCAUGAUCAAGGAGCUAACAUCAUUAAAAUGUGGUAGGAGCUGA